AUGUCUUCUGACGAGUAUUCUGAGGAGGGCGAAUGCUCUGAUGUAGCCCCCGAAGCCGUCGCUGCUGACACGCCCGCGAUCGUUUCGGCUGCAGCAACAAGUCUGCCAAUCGCUCUCAAGCGUGCGAAACGCGAACGGAGCUCGAGCGAUGAACUGCCUACGGUGCGCAAGCUCGUCAAGUUUGACAUGGCCGGCGAAAAGCACCAGCAGUAUUUCAGCUACAAUAUGCAUGAUCUUGACGGUUGUUCUCCUCCAUUCAAUCGUACAGAGAAGCUGGGUUCCCGGCGAAAUCAUGAAGCACGUCCUGUUGGUGCAUUACCUUGCGUCAUCGAGGUCGGCGACCAGGCCUGGGGGAACUUUAACAAGGCCACGAGCGACAUGAGACUUGUCUUCCAAGAGUGUGCCUCGCUGCCUAUGUUAGGAGUGCGCGUCAAAAAGGGCAAACAGUCCACGGAGAUAGACUACGAGGAGAUUAGCGCCAACGAUACCAUCGAGUUCGACCUUGAUAAGCUAGAAGGUCUUCGAUUCGACACCUUCAACAUUCGCAGCCUGGCAAGCGCCUCUUUGGCCAAGGAACUGCAAGCCGUUAUGAUGAAGAAGUUGCAAUUCAAGGCUCAAGAUGACGAGCACUUCUUCAACAAUGGCAGGAGGCAGGAUUUUGUACGAGUGGAACUGCGACGCAGCUCUCGUCCUGCCAACCGUAGCAAGGACUUCUCACACUUCUCCGACGCCGCUCUAGACUGGAAUCCGCCAGAUACGCUCAAAGUUGGCGAUCAGGAGCCUUACCGUCCCAGGACAACAAAGCAUCGUGAGCAGAUUCAAGAUGCUAUUGUCAAGAUGAAGGCCGCCGAGGUCAUCGUCUUCUGGGUGUUUGUUGGCCUUACCAAUGACAGCCAGCGUUACUUCAAUAACUUCACGUCACUUCUCAACCGGACACUCGGUAGAGAGUCGCCUGGAAAGAUCAAUACAGACUGGUAUUGGAAUCUCCACCCUUCGUAUGAGCGCUCAGACAUACAAAGCCCGUGGCAGAAGUUCCAGACCCCUCCCAACAAGCCACCCGUGACGCACCUGCGGCGCCCUUGGCCAGAGCGUCAACCAUGGCUUCAUAUAAAGGACGGCCAGUUCAGACAGGUGUGGAACGAGGCGAAGACGCGCUUUGCUGGGGUUACUGCCUACGAGUCGACUAUGGCCGCAGCAACUCUGAUGGAGAUGGAGGAUGAGCCCCUCAGGCACAGGCAGCAGUUCAACGACACUCAAACCUACCCCGCUGUCUUUGAGCGUGUUCACGACGACCGCUACAUUAUCAAGGUCAAGCUUGCUGGUGUGCACGCUCGCGAUGACGCGCAGGUCAUUCCAACACCGGGCACACUCGUGCAAUUGUGGAUCAAUGGGGAAUCUCUCGAGAAGAAUGACGCCUGGCAAGGCACAGUUGCAAAAAACUGUGUCAAAGACUAUGACAUGGUGUUUGCAAGCCAGCCGCCGGGUCGGUAUCUCUAUUCACCUCCUGCAGCUAAGACACACGAGGUCAUAAUCACCACAGAGACCAUCGAUAUGUCUGGUGACCGACUUCUUGGGGCCAUCUCCGGCGCCGCAACACUGACCAAGACCCGCAGCGAUGCUCCUGACGACAUCAGCAAGCGGAGGGCGUUUCACGUCGGCAACGUCGUCUGCGGUGACUUGGUCCAAGACGAUUCGCCAGACAUCUUCGGAGACUGGAAAGCCAAGCAGUCGCCAGGCGACGCGACGCAGGCCAUCGUCGACGAAAUCUUCAACAAGAUCCCUGCAAUGUUCAAUACACGCCAAUACAAGGCAUACUUACUACUGCUUCGGGGGUCACCUGGAGGUCUCUUGGCUGUUGAAGGCCUACCUGGAUGCGGGAAGUCGUACGUCAUGAGUGGCAUCGCAUGUGCGCUCAUCCUCAUGGGCGUGAGAAUCAUGAUCUGCGCUCAGUCGAACAAUGGCGUGUGCCAGGUCUUCAGCAAGGUAAUUGCAUACCUGGAGAAGCACCAUCCGCAUCUGCUGCCCACAAUCCUUCGUCUUGGUGCGGCCUCAGUAGAGGAGAGCAUUGCCGACCAGCUGAAGGAUGGUAACAUCGACGAGCGAUUUCUGUGGCUUGCUGCCAACUCGGACAACCCGCUUGCGAAAGAUCGCAAGGCGUGGCUAGAUGCGCGCGCGAGGCAUGAGAGCGCGUUCCGAACCGAAAAGCUCAAGCCGCCUAACGAGGACAUUGAAUCCGAGGCGUCGAUCAAGAGUCAGGUUUUCAAGCACGCUGUAAAGCCGGACGAGCUCCUGCUGCUUGGUAUCACGGCCGCCGCCGCUGCAAGGCUCGAAGAGCGUGUGACAUUCGAUGCAGAAGUGCUCAUUUUCGAUGAGCUAUCGCAGGCCACGGAACCAAUCUUUCUGAUUCCUCUCGUACAGCAGCGGGACCUCAAGAGCGUUCUGAUCUGUGGCGACACUAAGCAACUGGGGCCGGUUGUCAUGUCCGCGAGGUCCAGUCCAUAUGGCCAGCAAGUGGCACUCUCUCCUCUUGAGCGGCUCACCAAGCGCAAGGAAUUUGCGCACAUCAAGCUCAACCUGAGCUAUCGCUCCCAUCCGGCAAUCCUCGUCGCGCCAUCGAUGAUCGUAUACAAGGACGCGGGUUUUGAGUCGGGCCUCGUCGAGUUUCCGGCGCACGCGGGUGCUGGGAAGCUGAUUGAGGACAGUGAUGAGAUUACGCAGAUUUUGGGGGGCCUGUUCAAAAAACAGUUUCCACUCGCAGAGGGCGGAGGACGUGUCUGGUUUAACCCCAACGGUACCGCUGCUGUAGUGAGGCUCGCUCGCGCUUUCGCACCAUACUUUGGGGCGAAGAAUGUGAAGGUCAUCAGCGUAUAUGCCUACGAGGUCGAGCGUCUGCAGACGUACCUACACUGGCUAUGUCCCGGAGUUGAAGUCUGCACCGUCGACAGCUUCCAAGGCGGCGAGGCUGAUCUGGUCAUCGUCCAUUUCUCUGCAGCUUUCACCUCCAGGCUCAACCCCUUUGGCUUUGCGGCCGACCUGAAGAGGAUGAAUGUCGCUAUCACACGCGCAAAGCAGAUGUCUAUCCUUGUCGGCAACCACACGUACUGGGCCGAGCGCUGUUACGUAUACGAGGGCGCCGAGCCAGCAGCAAAUGAUCCCGCUCUGCUCGACAAGGAAGGAGGACGUAAGCAGUUGAUCAAGAAGGGCACCAACCCGCUGAUCAAGCUAGUUGAUCUCAUGUACUCUCGGCAGGAAGUCGUGCAGUGGCAACAUCAAUUCCAGCCGUAUGACUUGGACGGCUUGCAGGAGAGGAGUGCACAGAUGCGGAGCUGA